AUGACAGGUCUCUUUGUGUACCCUUUGGACGAGUUCUCCACUGUUGUUGGUUUCGAAGCAAUGAUAUCCAGAAGGAUCCUAACAGUGCAAAUAAAAGACAAAGCAAAGAUGGACGACUGUUACUUCGACUGUUGUACGAUGUCCAAUGGAACCUUUCAGAGUGGCAUUGGACACAUUGUUUUAGAUGAAGACCUUGAACGGACGGUAUUAGUGGUAAACUUGGGUGUAAUUCCUCCAUUAGAAACAGUUACUGUGCUGGUGAGCACAUCCUCGGAGCUUAAUACACUGCCCAACGGUGCGAUCAAGGUGGUCUUCCCUGCAGUCUGUACCCCCCAGGUCCAGCAGUGUGGGAAUGAAGAACCAAGCUCCACAGAAAACCCCUUUCAAAACAAGGACAGACAUCACUGUGCGCUCGGCCCUCACGAUCAGACUGCGAGCAGCAGCCAGCUGUGUCUCUCGUGGCUCCUGGAGGAUGAACCCAUCAACUCUAUAGACUAUGAUUUUACCUUUCAUCUGGAGAUCAAAGGGCCGUGCGUUUUAGCAGGUGUGGAAAGUCCGAGCCAUGCAAUCCGAGCAGACGCUGACCCCUCCGCUCACUCCGCCAGCAGUGUGGUCAUCACACUGGCUGACAAAUACACCUAUGACAAGCCAGUGGAGAUUCUCAUUUAUCCCAGUGAGCCCCACAUGCCUCACAUCCUUACGGAAGAGGGGGACCUGACACCAGAAGAGUAUGAGGAGCACCUCAAAGGACGCAGUGAUUUUAUUAAAGGAACCAAAACAGAUUCAAGCUGUGAGAAGAAGACAGAAAUCAUCAGGAAACGUCUACACAAGGACAUCAUCCACAACCCAGUCGUCAUGUUAAACUUCUGUCCUGAUUUAAAGGAUCUUCCUCCAGAUCUCAAGAAGGUGCAGGGAGAGUUUAUCUUUCUCAUUGACAGAAGUGGAAGCAUGAGUGGAGUGAACAUCAGCCGUGUUAAGGAUGCCAUGGUCGUGAUUCUGAAGAGCCUCACUCCAGCCUGCCUGUUCAAUAUAAUAGGAUUCGGCUCAACUUUCAAAACCCUCUUCCCAGCCAGUCAGAACUACAAUGAAGAGACCCUGGCUGUUGCCUGCGAGUAUAUCAAGAAGAUCAGAGCAGAUAUGGGAGGAACCAACAUCCUCUCUCCUCUCAACUGGAUUCUGCGUCAGCCUGUGUACAGGGGACACCCUCGCCUGCUGUUCCUGUUAACCGAUGGGGCUGUAAGCAACACAGGGAAGGUUAUAGAACUUGUCCGCAACCAUGCACGCUGCACCAGGUGUUACAGCUUUGGGAUUGGACAGAAUGCCUGUCGAAGGCUGGUGCUUGGACUCGCCUCUGUUUCCAAAGGUACUGCUGAAUUUCUGGCUGAAGGAGAAAGACUUCAACCGAAGAUGAUAAAAUCCCUGAAGAAAGCGAUGGCCCCUGUUCUAAGCGAUGUCACCAUUGACUGGUUGUUUCCUGAGACAAAGGAAGUGCUGCUCUCUCCAGUGGGUGCCAGCUAUCUGUUUCCAGGGGACCGUCUGAUUGGCUACAGUGUUGUGUGUGACACGUCACGCUAUCAUCCCAACCCUAAGUCUGAAAAAAGAAGGCGUUACAGCAUGAUGCACUCCAACGAAUCCACUAGCUCAGUGUUCUACCAUUCCCAAGAAGAGGAGUCAGCUAAAGCCAAUGUGGAGAGCAGGAGAUUGUCGAGAGAUGUGACUGUGGGCUCCCUGCAUGAGAGUUACCAGGAAACAAUAUUGGACUGUGUGCCAAUCAGUGAAGAACAACAUACACAAAUAGACUCUGGAGAUGAGGCCAAGACCUCUCCAAGGAGAAGAGCAUACAGCACUAAUCAGAUUGCCGAGCACUCCCAUUUUAAGAGAGGAUUUACAUGCAGUGACCCCAACUCCGCGGCAAGCAAGAACCCCUUGAGAAGGGUGACGGCGCAGGUGCUUGCUAGACAGGUCAGCCCUGAUGCUGGGUCUCAGUGGGGAGCUGAUAUCCAGCUAAAUCAAUACACAUCUUCUGCAAGAGCCCGAGCCCCUAGUGGACGGAGGCCAUCAUUACUUCAUCAGAACUGUGUCUCCCUGAGCCAGGAGCUGGACAUGCCUCAGCUACAAGCCAGCUUGCAAGCUGUGGCCAAGAGCAUGGGGCAGGAGGAGCGAGCUUCUGGGUCCAGGUCUUCAACAGACAGCCCAUCAGUGAGCAGCUGUGGAGACCAGGAGAGUUUACACCAUCGGAUGUAUGAGAUGGAGCGGUCUCUGGAAGCAUUGACCCUGGACAUGGAGCGCUCCACACAGGACUGCAAGGCUGUGAUCUCAGGUCUGCUAUGUGGGAAGCCUGUCCAGUGGGAGGUAGCGUUCGAUGUGUCUCAAGUUUUAAAGGCGAGACUGCGUGAGGAGACCCUGCAGGAAGACUUGUGGAGUGAAACAUUCCAUCACCUGGCGGCGAGGUCCGUCAUACGAGACUUUGAGCAGAUGGCAGAUAAAGAAUGUGAAAUAGAACACGGUUCUGGAAGGAGAUACCAGCUCAAUGCCAUUCACACCAGCAAAGCAUGUAACAUAAUCAGCAAACACACAGCAUUUCUACCAAUAGAUCUGGACAGCAAUGAAUACCUGCCAACAUGUAUUGAGUACUCCAACACAGAUGAUGAUUAA